AUUUAAACAGGAGAACUACCCUGAACAAACAUAGCUACACUGAAAAAGGGCCGUUUUUGAUAAAUAAUUUUUCAUGUUUAUCAGAUUUUUAUUUACCACUUUUGAAAAACAUAUUUUCUUUUCCUUCCUCUUUACAAUUAUGAACUAAUUUGUGUUAGUUUACUGUGUUCUUUUCCCCAUGAGGUGCAGCCAUAGGACAGGCAUGGCGUGUCAUUCAAUCAAGGAUCAAUGAGCAUACAUUCUGGCAGUUGGAGGAUUUUCUAGAAAACUUUCUCCUGUAGGCCGCUGCACAGCGCCCCGCUGCUCAUCAUAUUAUUUCAGCUGUUCUGCACUCACCUUCAGUGUGUGUUCCACUAUGGACCGCGAAAGGGCUGACUGGCACAGGACAAAACGAGAGAGAAAAGCUCACAUGCUGCAGAAUGUCGGAUGACAGGAGUACUAUGCUGCGCAUCCUUGAGGAGCCUCGGAUGAGGGAAGAAGUGGAGAGACUUCGGACCUUCCAGAACUGGCCUGCAGAUGCACCCGUGGCUUCAGGAGACCUGGCUAAGGCGGGCUUCUUCUUCCUGGGUUCUGGGGACAAAGUUCAGUGUUUCUGCUGUGGAGGGGUUUUAAGGUUCUGGGAGCAGGGUGACAGCCCAGCCGUUGAGCAUAAGCGUCAUUUCCCUACUUGCAGCUUCAUACUGGGUCAAACUGUAGGGAAUAUUCCACUGACGGUGGGCUCCUCAGACUCUGUGGAUGGCCAGCUGUUGAGUCAGCUCCAGAGGAUGACUAUGGAUGAUCAGGGAACAGCUGGACAAGCAGUAUACCCCGAGAUGGAGACAGAGGACUCUCGACUUACCACUUUCCACAACUGGCCUACUGAAGCCUCGGUGCAGCCAGAUGUUCUGGCCCAAGCAGGGUUUUUCUACACAGGUCAUGGUGACAAUGUCAAAUGCUUCUUCUGUGAUGGAGGACUGAGGAACUGGGAGCCAGGGGAUGACCCCUGGCAGGAACAUGCCAAGUGGUUUCCAAGAUGUGAGUUUUUAAUCCAGUCACGAGGGCAGGAGUACAUCAGCAACAUUCAGGAUGCUCAUUUCCACCUGGGUGAUACUAUGGGAGGAUCUCAGACUUCCACAGGCAGAGACGUUGGUGGGAGAAAUGAUAUGGUCGGAGGUCUGGGAGCUUCAUCAGCCAUGCUCUCUCCUGUUGUGCAGACUGUGCUGCAGAUGGGGUUUGAAGCUGGCGUGGUGGAGAGUCUGGUCCAGACCAAGUACCUGCUGACAGGCCAGUACUACACCUCAGUGUCUGAGCUGGUUACUGAUGUUCUGCGAGCAGAAGAGGAGGAGAGGCAGGCAGGGCCAAACAGCAGAGAGCAAGAGAGGAGCCUGGGAUCCAGUGCAGGAAACGUGAGGACUGAGACACCCGUCCCAAAGAGAGUAAUGGAUCAAAGUCCUGAGGAGCUGCUCAGGCAGCUGCAGGAAGAGAGAACUUGUAAAGUCUGCAUGGACAAGUUGGUAUCCAUUGUCUUCAUCCCCUGCGGUCACCUGGUGGUCUGUGGCGAUUGUGCCGCCAGCCUGCGUCACUGCCCCAUCUGCAGAGCUGUCAUCAGAGGCAGUGUUCGUGCUUUUAUGUCUUAAGGCUGUAGUUAAAAACUGCCACUGCACUGGUGUUCCACAGGUUCCCCUUGAAUUUGCACUGCCUGCAAUCUUCAGUGAAUUUAUAAAAAUAAGGAGUGCUGGUUUUAUAAUGUUAUACAAUAAAAUUUUUAGGUUUAACUUGUGCACUGUCAUCAUUACAUUCCUAAAAUCACUCCCAAGACUUUUAAAAGAGCAUGGUUUUUCUUUUUAUUAACAAACACCAUAUUUACAUGAACACAAAGUACAGUUCUGGAUAAACAGGGUUACACAAUCAGGUCACAUGAGGUUGGAGCAACACAAGACAGAAAACAGGAGAACAUAAUUUACCACCUUUUAACACAAAGAAAAAAAGAAAUAUUUACAAAGAAAUGGACACAUUUUCAGUUUGGACCAGCACAAGCAGAACCAUAACUACAACCAGGACUUUAGGAAAAGUCUGUAUUGCACCCAGAGGAAGACUAGUUUUGACAUCUUAGAAGUAUUUUUUUUCUACUAAGACUGAUAACGUUACAAUAUUAGACCCUUUGUUUUCCUAAUCCACUGAGCGAACAAUGAGUGCAGCUCUAAAUUACAGGAAUGAGAUCUGAAUUAUUGCAAAGUCAACCAACAGAAACAGAAGUGUUUAGAUGUUUUUCAGGAUCGUAACAUUUACAUUCUGUUUGUCUGGCAGUGAAGAACUCUUCAUAUCACAUUGAAAUCUAAUGCUUGCCAUAAGUACCUGUACGGCUGCUGGCAGUACAGGAAAAUUGUAAAAAUGAACACUAGUCAAGAUUUUUGUUUAUACAGUGCUUUGCAAAAGAAUUCAGAGUCCUUGAACUUUUUCAAGUCAAAACCACAGAUGUAAUUUGCGACCUUAUGGAAAAGAACAACACAAAGUUAGUCACAAUGACAACAGCAAGCCUUUCAAAAUGUAGCUACAUCAACAGAAAAAAAGCACU